AUAUUCCGUCGACGGUUACUUAUCCACUGAAGUAAACAACUGUGUGCAGCCAAAACGUGGUCGUUUAUUAGCUGACUUCGGUUUCCUUGACUUUCGCUCUUACAUCUUCUAUAAUAAAACCCCUUACUACUGCUACUGCUAUCAGAUCUCAACUUCCUUUGUGGCAAGUUCACAUUUUCAAUAACAAUGUCUCCUCGCGUCCUUCUCCUUCUCUCUCUAACUACUCUCUUUCUCUUCUCUAAACUCUCUCCUUCCCUCUCCAAAUCUCAAAACGACGAAGACGACGAAGAUCUCAGCUUCCUGGAAGAAGCAGACGACGACAAGAGCAAAAACGAUGCCGCAUCUCACCACCACAACUACCCCGACUCGGACGAUGAAUUAGACAAUGAUGAUUUUGACAACUACUCGGAUUUCGACGAAUCAGAAGCUGAUUCGUACAAGGAGCCCGAAAUCGACGACAAAGAUGUCGUCGUUUUGAAGGAGAGAAAUUUCAGUGAUGUGAUCGAGAAAAAUAAGUUUGUGAUGGUAGAGUUCUACGCUCCGUGGUGUGGUCAUUGUCAAGCGUUAGCUCCAGAAUAUGCGGCGGCAGCUUCGGAAUUGAAAGGUGAAGAAGUUGUGUUAGCGAAAGUCGAUGCUACUGAAGAGAGUGAGCUGGCACAGGAAUAUGAUGUUCAAGGAUUUCCUACUGUGUAUUUCUUUGUUGAUGGGGUCCACAAGCCAUAUCCUGGUCAGAGGACUAAAGAAGCUAUUGUGACGUGGAUAAAGAAGAAAAUAGGACCUGGAAUUUAUAAUCUGACGACACUGGAUGAUGCUGAACGUGUUUUAACCUCUGAAAGUAAAGUUGUUCUUGGCUACCUCAAUUCUUUAGUGGGUCCUGAGAGUGAGGAGGUUGCUGCUGCAUCAAGACUAGAAGACGAUGUCAAUUUCUACCAAACUGUAAAUCCUGAUGUGGCGAAGCUUUUCCACCUGGACCCCGAAGUUAAACGCCCUGCUCUGGUCAUGGUUAAGAGGGAAGCCGAGAAACUCAGCUACUUUGACGGCAACUUUUCCAAGUCUGAGAUAGCUGAUUUUGUGUUUGCCAACAAACUCCCUUUGGUGACCACUUUUACAAGAGAAAGUGCCCCUUCAAUAUUUGAGAGCCCAAUUAAGAAACAGCUCUUGCUAUUUGCAACUUCAAAUAACUCAGAGAAGGUUCUCCCAGUAUUUCAAGAUGCAGCUAAACUUUUCAAGGGAAAGCUUAUCUUUGUAUAUGUUGAAUUGGAUAAUGAGGAAGUUGGGAAGCCUGUUGCAGAUUAUUUUGGUAUUGUUGGAGAUGCUUCCCAGCUUCUUGGUUACACAGGAAAUGAUGAUGGCAAGAAAUUUGUAUUUGACGCGGAAAUCACCAUGGAUAAGAUUAAGGCUUUCGGGGAGGAUUUUCUUGAAGACAAGCUUAAGCCUUUUUUUAAGUCAGAUCCAAUUCCUGAAACUAAUGACGGGGAUGUCAAAAUAGUAGUUGGGAAUAACUUUGAUGAAAUUGUUCUGGAUGAGUCUAAGGAUGUUCUUCUUGAGAUCUAUGCACCAUGGUGUGGACAUUGCCAAGCUUUGGAGCCAACAUUUAACAAGCUUGCCAAACAUUUGCGGGGCAUCGAGUCUCUUGUUAUAGCCAAGAUGGAUGGAACAACAAAUGAGCAUCCUAGAGCAAAGUCUGAUGGAUUCCCAACCCUUCUCUUCUUCCCUGCUGGAAACAAGAGUUUUGAUCCGAUAACUGUAGACACUGAUCGCACUGUUGUAGCAUUUUAUAAAUUCAUCAAGAAACACGCAUCCAUUCCCUUCAAGCUUCAGAAACCAGAUUCUACUCCAAAAUCUGAGAGCUCUGAAGCCAAAGGGAGCCCUCAGACCGAGAGCAGCACGGAGGAUGUGAAGGAUGAAUUGUGAGCAGGAAGUGGACAUUAUGUCUUUUAUGUACUUUGCUAAUUUAUGUGUCUCCUUGUGUGUCAACAACUAGGCUAAACCAAUACUUUCAGAUGAAAAUAGUGAGGAAUUUCCCAAUUGAUCUGAGAUAAUUUGAAACCCCCCCACAACCCCCAAAAAAAAAAAGAAAACCUCAAAGAAUAGGAAGGAAAAUGUUAAAAGGAUAUGUAUUAGCUUCCGAGUUUUGUCUACUUAGAACUCUUGAAACAGCUUUAAUAAAACACUUGUUCCCUCGUUAA